AUGGCAUCUGCCUUGAUCAAGGAGCCCAAAGUGGGAGUGGGCGUCUUUGUUUUUAAUGAUCGUGGUCAAUUCGUAAUUGGUCAGCGUAAAGGCGCUCAUGGAGCAGGUACAUGGGCAUUACCAGGUGGUCAUCUUGAAUAUGGUGAAACCUUCGAAACCUGUGCAGCCCGGGAAACGCUCGAAGAGACGGGACUGUCAACCACGGUUGUAAAGUUCCUGACAGCCACCAACAACAUCAUGCGGGGCGACGACGCACACUACGUGACGAUUUUCAUGACCGCAAAAAUUCAUGGAGACAAGACGGAACCUGAGCUCCUAGAACCAGAGAAAUGUGAGUCUUGGCAAUGGAUCACAUGGGAGGAAUUAAGCUCUUGGGCAGAGACUCAUAAGAACGCUUUGAAAGAAGGCCGCAGUAGCACACGAAAGUUGUUUUUGCCACUGUUGGAUUUAUUCGAGCACCGGGUUGGUAUAAAUCCGACUCACAGCAUCUGA